AUGGAGUCAAAAAAGCUGGACGGAAAUAUACGUUCUAGUUUACACAAAAAUGAUGAUAAGGCAAAUCUCAAAAAAUACUUCGCUUUCUCCAUUCACAUAUACGAGAGAUUCUAUUAUGAUGAUCAUCUGCACCAUCUUCUGUCACCUUCAAUAACUCCCACUUGCUCGACUAGAUUACCGUGGGGCGACAUGGGUGGCCGUUUUUUUUUGGUCGGGGCCGGAAAGGGAGGUGUAGUGGAGGUGAGGGAAACAAAUGAAGAAGUAGGAGGGAGGCUGCUAUAUAUAAGCAAAAUAGUGAUGGAUUCGAAUCCGUUGCUGAAUGGGGGGAAAUUUUCCCUCCUAAUCGGUGAUGGACGUCGUCCGUCGUUUAUUAGCGAUGGACCAACCGACCCAAGGGGCCCACUGGAAUUUUUAGAUGGCCCAUUAAAGGCUCUGGGCCCGGAGGUCUUCUCCCACUUUGAUGGGCCCGGAACAAAUUCUCGAAAUAUUCAUUUUCUCAAGAAUUUUGACCCUUCUAGUGUUUAUACAGUGAACAUAAAGACAGAGCACCAGCUGGUCCUAGUUUCAGGCCGCGUAGAUUCUGCUACUCUAAUCAAGAAACUAGUCAAAUCUGGUAAACGUGCAGAGCUAUGGCAUCCAAGUCCUAAGAAAAAACUCAAUCAAGAACAACCCAACUCAAACCAACUGCAGUUUCUAGCCAAUAACUUCAAUGCCCCUCAAAACCAAUUCAUGUAUCCAGCAUCCACUAACAAUGAGACUGAUAAUAUGAUGAGCUAUGGAGACUAUCAAAACCAGAAUGUAGCAUUGAAAGAUAUGAAUGCAGGGAGGGGUCAGAAUUUGAUGGCAGCAACAAGAAUGAGAAACUUUUACAUGGAUGAUGAUAAUUUUGUUGGUAGUGGCAGAUUGGGACAUGAUUUUGCAUAUAUGAUGGGUCGUGAAGAUUAUCAAGGCAAUGGUACUGGUUUUGUAGGAUUAGGAGGUCAUGAUUUUAAUGGGAUGCCCACUUAUGAACAGAAGUAUCUACCAUCCAUGAUUAUGACCAAAAAGCAGCAAAGGUACCACUACGAUCAUCCAGCCACAGAGAUGCAUAAUAUUUACAUGAAAGAUCCACAUACAGGCAGCGAUAUGAUGACAAACGACAUUUUUAUGUACCAACCUUACAUGAUGGAUCAUGCUUCUUCAACAUAUCCUCCCUAUACUGACUACCACCAUUUCCAUGCAAUGCCAUAUCCUUACUACUAA